GCUUGAGGUGAAGUUAUAAAUCAAAGGCUUCAACAUGUUGUUAACGUUCUGAGGAGCACUUGAUGAACUAAUAUCACCCUCACUGAAUCAGGAGAGAUGUUGCCGGACUCCAGGAGAGGUGCAGGCUUCUAAAUUUAAACAGCAGUUGUCACCCUCAGAAAGGGCCACAUUCCGAAUCCAUAUAUGUCCACGAAAGUGCUGCAGUGGACUUGGAUGGGAUAGAGUUCCCAGACAUAGUGAUGCAUUCUGCUUUGCGGCGUGUGGAUGCGAAAGCUUGCUUCCAAUGCAGCUGACAGAUUUAAACCGAGAAUGCCUGCUUCAUAUUUUCUCCUUUCUGGAUAAGGAGAACAGGAAGAGUGUGUCCAGGACUUGCCAAGUGCUGCGGGAAGUCUUCCAUGAUCCUGCACUGUGGACUCUGCUGUGUUUCUCUUCACUGUCAGAGCUAAAGAAGGACAACUUCCUGCUGAGCCCUGCGUUGCGCUCGUUGUCUAUCCACUGGCACUCGAGCCGGGUAAAAGUCUGUAACAUUGAGGACUGGGCAAAAAGCAGCUUCCAGAGGGACAUCUGCGGCCACCACCGGACUCUGGUCAACAGCUUCUUGGCUGAAGUAAGCAACAGGUGUCCAAACUUGUUAUCAUUAACCCUUUCAGGGUGCGGACACCUAACAGAUGGCUACAUCACACAAAUUCUGGAGAAAUGUACCAAACUAAAUACUUUAAAACUGGAGAACUGCGCGCGUUUGACUGACAAAACUCUGGAGGCAGUGGCCAUCUAUGGGAGCAACUUAAGGACCUUGCAUGUGGACUUCUGCCGGAAUAUCACACAGGAGGGGCUUGACCGGAUCUGUGAGACCUGCCCUUCCCUGUCCCUCAGUGCAGAGCACAGUGCCACCAUGAUUCCCGAUCAGCCCGAUAAAUGUGACAGCCUUGGCAAAGGGGUGAAGAAACGAUUGCUAUGGUAACAACAGAUGGACAAUGGCUGAACACCACAGACUAUUGGGAGGUGGGGACUGUCCAGGCUGUGAGUCCAUAAUUGCAGCCAAACUUUCACAAGAACAGCCAGGAGACCACCAGCCGGAGCCUCAUAGUGAGGGAUGGGGGUGAGAUGCAAGUGUUGCUGUGGGUCCUCUGGUUUCAGAAUGGCUCAGUGUAGACCUAAGGGUACUCUGUUCUUGAUACCAUCCACAUGUAUCUGGCACAGAGCUGAUGUGUGAUUCAAGGGCUCUGACAACAACUGCAUCUGUAUAGCCACUUCAGUCAAAUAUUUUCAUAUGGCCACCAGAGGAGAUCUUAGUGCAGAUUUGAUUUGGGGAACAGCCAGUUGAAUGUAUAGCCUUAGGUGGGAGAUUGCUGGAAGUUGAGCCAAUCUGAAAUUUCAACUACCAGAUUCUCUUUUUUCUAUGUUCAACUACUAAAAUAAGUCUCUCCCUGCACUCUGGCUAGGUAGUCCCCCAUCUGGCCAUGAAUGGAGUGUGCACAAAUGGAGACUAACAUGUCUGUCUGACCGGGUACAGUCUGUGAUAGGUUGACCAAGAGAACAAUUCUCUUACCCAACCCAGGACUGCACUUCUGAAAGGAAUUGAUAUCCCUUGCUUGGCUCCGUAGUUUCACUCUGAGGUGCCGCUACGAAGACUUGUCCUUCAGUGCAGCCUGAACCAGUGAUAACUUUGGAUGAGAUGAUAAAUUGAGGUGUUGCCUGCCCUUUCCAGUGGAGGGAAAAGAUCCUGGGGAACUCUUGCAUAGAAAAUGACACAGAAACAAACCAUUCAGACCAACCAGUGCAAUGCUGGAAUUCAUGCUUGACUUGAAUUUCCCCAACUUGGCUUAUCCACUUAAAUCCAUUUUCCAUUUCUUCUUCCCCUUCACCUGUAGUGUCCUGAGCAAUAGACUGACAAUUUGUCUCAACUGCUCCCUCUGGUGCUGAGUUCCAUCUUCUCUGGGGUAAGUUUCCUCUAAAUUUCCGACUGGUGAAGGUCUCACACUGAUUGCCUCUGGCUUUUCUCAUUCCUGGAAGCUGAAACACUGCCCCGGGUGUCUACAGGAACUGGUUUGCCUGGACAGAUCAGGGGGAUUGGUGCAUCAGACCUAGACAGGAACCCCCGCGUUCCUCACAUGCUCUAUUUUUCCACUCACGGUGCGGAUAUCAAUCGGGUUCCUGAAACAAUCCCUGCCCAGAACUCGGCCUGAUCAACAGGCUGACCCAGUCAGCGGGACUGAUCUGGCCAGGACCUGACAGUCUCUGAUCACAGGGUGGAGUCCAAAUUUACCCACCCCCUUAGAAUGUUUUUGGAUGCCUGUGGGUGGGGGGAGGGGGGUAUGAUGGUGCCCGGUGUGGUGGAAGGAACAAUCCCGCUUACCUUGUUCCAUAUCAAUUCUCCAAAGGGACUUCCCUUUCCUUUGAACGACUGGAUCUAGGAACACCACAGUCAGAGUUAAACCUGUAAUAAGGUUUGAAGCUGAGGUUCACAACCCUGCUAUAAUGUUUAAAUUGCCAACCCAGCUCCUGGCAUUAAAUUUGCUGCCUGUUCCUUAACUCAUCUCUGUAAAUCCCAGACACUGAGGGAAGGAGCUGCCUUCCUAAUGUGCUGCCAUUCCCCCAGAGCUAGCCUGUACCCACUCCCAAACCCAUGUUCCUGGACAUUAAAAUCUCUCCUCUAACUCUACCUGUAUCUAGGAGAAGCAGAUUUCUCCCAGACUCCUGGCAAGUAUUUGUAUGAAUAUAAACAUAUUAUUUUUACAUUUAAUAGAUCUGCAAUAUAUUCCAGACAUAUAAUUUUUCAGAUGGGGGUGGUGAUUUUGCUCUAAGAUCAUGUCUCCUUGAAAAAUUAUGUCUCUUCAGUUGGAUUCUCUUUCAGAAUACAACCACAACAACUGAACAGCUUUUAUCCAUGUCAAAUUGAACACUCCUCCUUGGGGAAUAUGUGAAUUAUUGGUCAGUAGCAAGCAUCCACAGUUACAUUGGAAUGCUGACUCCUGGAAUAGUGCUAGAGGAUUGCAGGCUAGAAUUUCCUGUCAAAACAAUGGUGAGGCUAAGGAUACGCAGUUAUUUACAUGCAGGUGAAACAGCAAUUUAGUUUUGUGAACGACGUCAAAAGAAACUCAUACAUCCACAAUUGUGCUGGGAGUUAUGUUGCUCUGCUGCAGGCACCAGCACUGUAACGUUGAACAUGGCAAGGUCAGUGUCAGGCUGAUAGUCACAUCAAAAUGUGCCAAGGAAAGCUGAGUCAUUUCAAGUUUCUCUUCACUUUUAACAAUGGGUUGAGUACUAAUCAUUGCCAGUCACAUGGGCAGGCACAUAGUGUAGCGGUUAGCGUAAUGCUAUUACAGCGCCAGUGACCCGGGUUCAAUUCCAGCUGCUGUCUGUAAGGAGUUUGUAUGUUCUCCCCAUGACUGCAUGGGUUUCCUCCGGGUGCUCCGGUUUCCUCCCACAUUCCAAAGAUGUACGGAUUAGGAAGUUGUGGGUGUGCUAUGUUGGUGUCAGAAGCGUGGCAACACUUGCGGGCUGCCCCCAGAACAUUCCACACAAAGAUGCAUUUCACUGUGUGUUUCAAUGUACAUGUGACUAAUAAAGAAAUCUUAUCUUAUCCACUUUAACACUGAAAUUUAACUUUACAAGU